AUGGCUCCGGGCCCCUUCAGCUCGGCGCUCCUCUCGCCGCCGCCUGCUGCCCUGCCCUUUCUGCUGCUGCUCUGGGCUGGGGCAUCCCGUGGUCAGCCCUGUCCCGGCCGCUGCAUCUGCCAGAACGUGGCGCCCACGCUGACCAUGCUGUGCGCCAAGACUGGCCUGCUCUUCGUGCCGCCGGCCAUCGACCGGCGCGUGGUGGAGCUGCGGCUCACGGACAACUUCAUCGCGGCUGUCCGCCGCAGGGACUUCGCCAACAUGACCAGCCUGGUGCACCUCACCCUGUCCCGCAACACCAUCGGCCAGGUGGCCGCCGGCGCCUUCGCCGACCUCCGCGCCCUCCGCGCCCUGCACCUGGACAGCAACCGCCUGGCCGAGGUUCGCGGCGACCAGCUCCGCGGCCUGGGCAACCUCCGCCACCUGAUCCUUGGCAACAACCAGAUCCGCCGGGUGGAGUCCGCCGCCUUCGAUGCCUUCCUCUCCACCGUGGAGGACCUGGAUCUGUCCUACAACAACCUCGAGGCCCUGCCGUGGGAGGCUGUGGGCCAGAUGGUGAACCUGAACACCCUCACGCUGGACCACAAUCUCAUCGACCACAUCGCUGAAGGGACCUUCGUGCAGCUGCACAAACUGGUUCGCCUGGACAUGACCUCCAACCGCCUCCAUAAACUGCCCCCCGAUGGCCUCUUCCUGCGGUCCCAGGGUGCGGGGCCGAAGCCGCCCACACCGCUCACGGUCAGCUUUGGCGGCAACCCGCUGCACUGCAACUGCGAGCUGCUCUGGCUGCGGCGGCUGACCCGGGAAGACGACCUGGAGACAUGCGCCACCCCUGAGCACCUCACCGACCGCUACUUCUGGUCCAUCCCAGAGGAGGAGUUCCUGUGCGAACCGCCGCUCAUCACUCGGCAGGCGGGGGGCCGGGCCCUGGUGGUGGAGGGCCAGGCCGUCAGCCUCCGGUGCCGCGCCGUGGGGGACCCCGAGCCCGUGGUGCACUGGGUCGCGCCCGACGGGCGGCUGCUGGGGAACUCAAGCCGGACACGGGUGCGGGGGGACGGGACGCUGGAUGUAACCAUCACCACCUUACGGGACAGCGGCACCUUCACCUGCAUCGCCUCCAACGCCGCCGGGGAAGCCACGGCACCCGUGGAGGUGUGCGUGGUGCCCCUGCCUCUGAUGGCGCCCCCGCCGGCCGCCCCGCCGCCUCUCACCGAGCCUGGCUCCUCCGACAUAGCGACACCCGGCCGCCCUGGUGCCAACGAGUCAGCUGCGGAGCGCCGGCUGGUGGCGGCGGAGCUGACCUCGAACUCGGUGCUCAUCCGCUGGCCCGCCCAGAGGCCUGUACCCGGAAUCCGCAUGUACCAGGUCCAGUACAACAGCUCCGUGGAUGACUCCCUCGUCUACAGGAUGAUCCCAUCCACCAGCCAGACCUUCCUGGUGAAUGAUCUGGCAGCGGGCCGCGCCUACGACCUGUGCGUUCUGGCUGUCUACGACGAUGGGGCCACAGCACUGCCGGCCACGCGAGUGGUGGGCUGCGUGCAGUUUACCACCGCUGGGGAUCCUGCGCCCUGCCGCCCACUGAGGGCCCAUUUCUUGGGCGGUACCAUGAUCAUCGCCAUCGGGGGCGUCAUCGUCGCAUCGGUCCUCGUCUUCAUCGUUCUGCUCAUGAUCCGCUAUAAGGUCUAUGGCGACGGGGACGGCCGCCGCGUCAAGGGUACCUCCAGGUCGCCGCCGCGGGUCAGCCACGUUUGCUCGCAGACCAACGGCGCAGGUGCAUCGCAGGCCGCGCCCCCGCCGGCGCAAGACCGUUACGAGGCGCUGCGCGAGGUGGCUGUCGAGGUCAAGGCCACCGCGGCCGAGACGGCUACCGCGGAGCCAGAGACCGUCCUUGGACGCUCCCUGGGCGGCUCGGCCACCUCGCUGUGCCUGCUGCCGUCUGAGGAAACCUCUGGGGAGGAGUCUCGGGCCGCGGCGGGCCCUCGGAAGAGCCGUUCCGGGGCCCUGGGGCCGCCAGCUUCGGCGCCUCCCACUCUAGCUCUGGUUCCUGGGGGGGCUCCGGCUCGACCGAGGCCGCAGCAGCGCUAUUCGUUCGAUGGGGACUACGGGGCGCUCUUCCAGAGCCACAGUUACCCGCGCCGCGCCCGGCGGACAAAGCGCCACCGGUCCACGCCGCACCUGGACGGGGCCGGAGGGGGCGCGGCCGGGGAGGACGGAGACCUGGGGCUGGGCUCCGCCAGGGCACGCCUGGCCUUUACCAGCACCGAGUGGAUGCUGGAGAGUACCGUGUGA